CCGCGACAAGCAGCACAAGUCACCCUACCACACGCCUGCGACGGGCAUAUUUACCCCCUCUCCAAUUAAAUAUGACCCUCUUUAUCCUCACCGAAACCAGCGCUGGUUACGCGCUGCUCAAGGCCAAGGACAAGAAGCUGCUCAAGCGCGAUGAUCUUGCCCAAGAGACUGAGACGGCAGAGGGCACCUGCAACCUCCUCAAGUUGAAGAAGUUUGAGAAGUUCGACAGCGCCGCGACUGCCCUCAACGAAGCGGCGGCCCUCACCGAUGGCAAGGUGUCGCCCAUGCUGGCUUCUCUGCUCGACUCCAUCAAGGACGAGAAGAAGGCGUCCCUCGCCGUGGCCGACCCCAAGCUCGGCAAUGCCAUUGCUAAGCUUCCUGAGCUGUCCAUUCAGCCCAUCGCCGACUCGUCGACCGCCGACAUCUACCGCGCCAUCCGCACUCAUCUUCCUUCCCUCAUCCCCGGCCUGGCACCGGAGGACAUUUCUACCAUGUCGCUGGGUCUUUCCCACUCGCUGUCGCGUCACAAGCUCAAGUUCUCCCCCGACAAGGUCGACACUAUGAUUAUCCAGGCUAUUGCUCUUCUCGAUGAUUUAGAUAAGGAGCUCAACAUCUACGCCAUGAGAGUGAAGGAGUGGUACGGUUGGCAUUUCCCGGAGAUGGCUAAGAUUAUCAACGACAACGUUGCCUACUCGCGUGUUAUUCUUAAGAUGGGCAUGAGGUCAAACUGCGUCAACACCGAUCUUGCCGACGUUCUCCCCGAGGAGAUUGAGGCGUCUCUGAAGGUGGCCGCCGAGGUUUCCAUGGGUACGGAAAUCACCGACGAGGAUCUUGACAACAUCAGGGCUCUGGCUGAGCAGGUUGUUGGCUUCACCGAGUACCGCCAGCAGCUCUCCAACUACCUCUCCACCCGCAUGCAGGCUAUUGCUCCUAACCUCACUGCCCUUGUUGGCGACCUGGUCGGUGCUCGCCUGAUCGCUCACGCCGGUAGCUUGAUGAACCUCGCGAAGGCGCCCGGUUCCACUAUUCAAAUCCUCGGUGCCGAGAAGGCCCUGUUCCGUGCCCUGAAGACCAAGCACGACACUCCCAAGUACGGUCUCAUCUACCACGCUUCUCUCAUCGGUCAGGCGUCCGGCAAGAACAAGGGCAAGAUUGCCCGUAUGCUCGCCUCCAAGGCCGCGCUUGGUCUGCGUGUCGACUCUCUUUCCGACUGGGGAGCGAACAGUGAGGGCACCGCUGUUGAGCCCACUGACGAGGAGAAGUCUGCUCUCGGUAACUCUGCCCGUCUCGCCAUUGAGAGGAGACUGCGCAACCUCGAGGGCAAGCCCAUCCAGAGCAAGGGUGUCGCCAUUGGCCCCUCUGGCCAGACCAAGGCGCCUAAGUGGGACAUCAAGGAGGCUGGCAAGUACAACGCCGAUGCCGAUGGCCUAAGCGGCAACGAGCCUGCCGCCACCGCUCCCCCCGAGGCCAAGAUGGUCGAGGAGGUUGACGGCGCCUCGAGCGACAGCGAGUCCGAGGACGAGAAGCCCAAGGCCGCGGCCAACGGCGACUCCAAGGCAGCGAAGAAGGCCGAGAAGGAGGCUAAGAAGGCGCGGAAGGCGGAGCGCGCGGCCAAGCGUGAGGCCAAGGCGGCCAAGAAGGCGGCGAAGGACGCGACCGACGGUGCGGUGGAUAAGAAGAGGAAGCGCGACGAUGACGGAGAGAAGGACAAGAAGAAGAAGAAGAAGAGCAAGGCGUAAAAGGCGGGCGUGCGCAUUCUUGUUAUUUGGCUCGCAUCGCAUGUCUUAAUGUCGUUUCGUCUCUCUCCACCUAUCUCGAUCCUCUCUCCGCGUCGUCGUCUCCCGUCGUGGCAGGCGUCUCCCGACCGAGGACGGGAACGUCGAGCGAGUCAUCCACGGGCGUUUGGUUGGGCUGUACCAUUGGGCGUAAUGAGGUUGGCGGAACAUACCUGGGCGUUUUUUGUACGCUUGUGCAUAUGAAGUUCAAUGCCAAAAAAGAUAUUUUCACUUCUACAUCUGUUUGACUGUUGGACUACUUAUGUGGUGUGUGUUUGCCUCCCUAGUGCCAUCUCAACGCCGGUUCUGUCUUUUGUCUUCCCGCUUGUGCGUUCUCAUGCUAUCCCAGAGAAUAGAUAUAAAGACCUAACAGCCCACCCCCCGUUCACCUG